AGGAGAGAAGGAGAAGCUGACACACAGACUGACACAACAGCGAGAGACACGCGGAGCAAAGCGAGCGAAGGGACAGACGUGCACGAGGGACAAGACAGCCGGGGCAAGACUGGAGAGCCCAGACCUGGGAUGGCAGAUUCGUGCAGGAACCUCACCUACGUGCGGGGCUCGGUGGGGCCGGCCACCAGCACCCUGAUGUUCGUGGCCGGCGUGGUGGGCAAUGGGCUGGCCCUGGGCAUCCUGAGCGCGAGGCGACCGGCGCGACCCUCGGCCUUCGCGGUGCUGGUCACCGGGCUGGCGGCCACUGACCUGCUAGGCACCAGCUUCCUGAGCCCGGCCGUGUUCGUGGCCUACGCGCGCAACAGCUCCCUGCUGGGCCUGGCCGGGGGUGGCCCCGCGCUGUGCGACGCCUUCGCCUUCGCCAUGACCUUCUUCGGCCUGGCGUCCAUGCUCAUCCUCUUCGCCAUGGCGGUGGAGCGCUGCCUGGCGCUGAGCCACCCUUACCUCUACACGCAGCUGGACGGGCCCCGCUGCGCCCGCCUGACGCUGCCCGCCAUCUACGCCUUCUGCGUCCUCUUCUGCGCGCUGCCCCUGCUGGGCCUGGGCCAGCACCAGCAGUACUGCCCCGGCAGCUGGUGCUUCCUGCGCAUGCGCUGGGCGCAGCCGGGCGGCGCCGCGUUCUCGCUCGCCUACGCCGGCCUCGUGGCGCUGCUGGUGGCGGCCAUCUUCCUCUGCAACGGCUCAGCCACCCUCAGCCUCUGCCGCAUGUACCGCCAGCAGAGGCGCCACCAGGGCUCGCUGGGUCAGCGGCCCCACACCGGAGAGGACGAGGUGGACCACCUGAUCCUGCUGGCCCUCAUGACGGUGGUCAUGGCCGUGUGCUCCCUGCCUCUCACCAUCCGGUGCUUCACCCAGGCCGUCACCCCUGACAGCAGCAGCGAGAUGGGGGACCUCCUCGCCUUCCGUUUCUACGCCUUCAAUCCCAUCCUGGACCCCUGGGUUUUCAUCCUUUUCCGCAAGGCGGUCUUCCAGCGACUCAAGCUCUGGAUCUGCUGUCUGUGCCUUGGGCCUGCCCAUGGUGACUCGCAGACACCCCUUUCCCAGCUCGCCCCAGGGAGGAGGGACCCAAGGGCGCCCCCUGCUCCUGGGGAAAAGGAGGGGAGCUGGGUGCCUUUGUCGGCCUGGGGCGAGGGGCAGGUGGCACCCUUGCCUCUGGCACAGCAGUCCGGCGGCAGUACUGUGGGAACAUUGUCCAAAGCAGAGGCCAGUGUCGCCUGCUCCCUCUGCUGACAUCUUGAGCCGACCCUGUGAUCUCUGGCCUGUCUUUGAGGGACAGGAGCCAGAAAAUCAGGGACAUGGCUGAUGGCUGUGGGUGCUGGAACCUUGGCCCCCAAACUCUGGGGCUGAUCAGCUGCUGUUUCUCUUGCUGCAGGGCGGUCCCUGCUGGCUCUGGGAGGAGAGUGAGGGACAGAGGAAACGUUUAUCCUGGAGCACAGAAAGAAUGGUUCUCUCAAAAUAGCCAGUGGCCUGGCCGAACUGCUCCAGGCCCUGGAUUUCCCAUCCAUCUCACUGUCUAAAUAUUUAGAAGGUGGAGAAGUUCCCAGCGGCUUCUGUACACUCAGGUCUGCUCUGCUCUGAGUACUGGCUCCCAUCUACACCCACUUAGGGGGCCCAGCUGCCCACCCCAAGUCCCCAGGGGAUGGCUCUCCCCUCUCCCAAGCCACUCCAAGAGCCAGCCCCUCUCUGCUCCACAAAAGCCAGGGUUCUCGGAAAAACUCCCUGCCUUCCCUUGCUGCUGGUCUCCCAUCAGACUUGGGAGACCUGGCACCCCAAAGGGGCAGUGAGGGGAAGGGGAGGCUGCGGCAUUGUUAGUGACAACACAGGUCAUGUGCUUUGUACCAGAAGGGCCUGAGACAUUCCGUCUAGCUUGAUGGGCUGUGAGACGGGAACUGUGGGGGUGCAGGUGUCGGGAGACAGACGGAGAAGCUGGCAGACGAAGGCUGGGGGCUGCGGAUUCCAGGGAGUGCCCCCAGAAGGCAGACCUAAGUCCUGCACCUGUCCCCAGGGUCCUGAAUUAAUAAACACCUCCUUACAGAGCUUGA